UCAGGCUCAGCAGAACAGACAACCAGCACUUUCAUUUUGUGCACACCUCAGGCCACGUCCCUGCCGCUGUCUUGGCCCUGGAGCCUGCUCUGCCCCAGUCCCCUGCUCGCUGGACCCAUGCAGCUGCUGCUGUUCCUCGGCCUCCUCUGGAUGCUCAAGGCCUCCCCAGGGGCAACAGGCACCUGUGACAAUGAUGGCACCUGGGAACAGGGCCAGUGUGUUUGCCGUCCGGGGUUCUCUGGGGACCGCUGUCAGCUCCAGAACACAUGCCAGAAUGGGGGUCGUUGGGAUGGCCUCAAGUGCCAGUGUCCCAGCACCUUCUAUGGUUCCAGUUGUGAGUUUGCUGUGGAACAGGUGGAUGUAGACUCAGUGGAGACCGAGGUGGCCAUGGAAGUGUCUGUCGACCAGGAGUUCUCCUCCGACCUCAACGACAACACUUCCCAGGCCUACAGGGAUUUCAACAACACCUUCUGGAAUCAGAUGCAGAAAAUUUACGCAGGCGUGCAGGGCUUCACCUUCAAGGGUGUGGAGAUCCUGUCCCUGAGGAAUGGCAGCAUCGUGGUGGACUACCUGGUUCUGCUGGAGAUGCCCUUCAGCCCGCAGCUAGAGAGCGAGUACGAGCAGGUGAAGAUGGUGUUGAAGGAGGGGCUGCAGAACGCCAGCCAGAACUCGGACAGCUGCCAGGACUCCCAGACCCUGUGCUUUAAGCCUGACUCCAUCAAGGUGAACAACGGCAGCAGGACAGAGCUGACUCCGAAAGCCAUCUGCCGCCGCGCCGCUCCCAAAGGCUAUGAGGAGUUCUACUUUCCCUUGGUGGAGGCGACCCGGCUCCGCUGCGUCACCAAAUGUACGUCGGGCGUGGACGACGCCAUCGAGUGUCACCAGGGCCAGUGUAUUCUGGAGAGGAGCGGUCCUGCUUGUCGCUGCUUCUCCACGGACACGCACUGGUUCUCUGGCCCACGCUGCGAGGUGGCCAUCCACUGGAGGGCGCUGGUCGGGGGCCUGGCGGCGGGCGCCGCCCUACUGCUGCUGCUGCUGCUGGCGCUGGGCGUCCUGGUGGUGCGCUCCCGAGGAGGGGGCGGCCAGCGCCGAGGCAGGUCCUGGGACCAGGACAGGAAAUGGUUCGAGAUCUGGGAUGAGGAAGUCGUGGGCACUUUUUCAAACUUGGGCUUCGAGGAGGACGACACAACGGACAAGGAUAAAAAUUUCCAUGUGGACUUGGAGAACGUGGACACCACCAUGAAGGUGCACAUCAAGAGACCGGAGAUGACCUCGUCCUCAGUGUGAGCCCUGCGGUGCCCCCUCACCACCCACUCUGCCCUGCCUGGGACACAGGGUCCGAACUGCGUCCAUUUCAAGAGGCGGCCCUAGGACCCGUGCAGCCCAGGCUCCUGCUGUUCUUGGGCACAGAGACUGUUCCCCCAAAUCACAUCCAUCUCUUUCCAACCUGGCUGAAAUACACCUAGAAACCAGUUCACGUCCAGACUCUUCCACUGUGGAACCUUGGGCAAGUCAGUAACGAGCCUCAGUUUCCUCACUUGAAAAAUGGGUACAACAUUCCUGUAUGAUACCUCGCCCAGUUGUUGUGAAAACCACAGGGGCUUGGCCUUGGUCAAUUCUUGGCCCCACUCUGCCCUCCCAUCUCAGCCCUCAUGUUUCCAUUGCCUCUCUAGGAUCCUCCAAUUCUCUUGUCCUUCACCUGGUCUCCGGCCCUGGUUCUUAUUUUCCCUUUCAAUUCUCUACUGCCUCUUUCUUACCUUGAACCUGGAGGCAGCCUGCAGCCCAUCCCAUUUCCUGCCCUCUCCAGAUCAAACUCCCUUAUGUGUCUCUUGCUCUCAUUCCUUGUAUUUUCUCCCCUUCUGAGCCCGUUCCUUCAUCCGUCCUGUCCCCAGUCCUCCAGCCCUACAUCUCCCCCAGUUUUGGUCUUCUCCCCUUCUCCCUCCUGGUAGCCUCCCCCGAGAAUGCUUACCUCCUCCAUCCCAGUGUCCCAGCCCUAAAUCUUCCCUCCUCUCCCCACACCCCCAUCCCUGGCAAUGUCUAGAUAGCCUCUGUGUUUUAGGAUACCCCAGCUGCUGUUCCCUCCAUCACACCACCACCCUAUUCUCCAUUCUCCAUCUCUUUCACCCAUGGGGCCCCGUGGGUGGGGGCAGGGCAUGAGUUCCCCAAUCCCCAAGGAAAGGCAGCCCCCUCAGUUCCCCUCCUCCUCAUUCCCCUAGACCUCUCUCCCCUCCACCCUCAAUACUGCCUUUUCCCAUCCCCUCCUUUUUCCCUUCUCUCCUCUCUCUCCCGGGUGUCACCUCCAUUCCUUCGGUAACUCUGAGCCCUGAAAUCCUCAAUCUCCUUGGUCAGGAAGAUCUGCUUUGGGGACAGGAGGUCGGCACAUCUCCAGGUCUCCAUGUGAACACAAUACAGAGUUGAUUGCAAAAGAA